UCCCUCUAUCUCUCAACAGCCCACCCUGCUCUUUCCUAGUCAGCGCAGACGCCAAAUCCAGUGCGCACAUUACAGAAGGAUCGGGGGGUUCUGAUUGUUUUAGUCUUAUUGUCUGUUUGGUGGUUCUGUUUCCUGUGUGGUCCCUUGUCUCAGGAAAAAUAUGUUGCACUUGACCGCUGGACGUAUCGGAAGCCUGCUCACCAGGCGAGGAGUCAUGGCACUGACCAGCAGCAAUGUCAGGAUGGCAAGCCAUGGCCAUGCGGUGGAGCAGGCGGACUUGUCUGUCCCCAUGUACUGCGACCGCCUGGACUACCCGCUGCCUGAUAGAGCCUUCAAGGACGAGCUCACCGCCGCAGAGAAGAGCCUCAAGCAGAAAGAGAAGGGGCCAUGGACACAGCUGUCUAAAGAAGAGAAGCUUGCCUUGUACAGGGUCAUGUUCAGAAAAACCUAUCCUGAGAUGAAGGUCCCCAGCCACGAGUGGAAGACAGUGUUGGGAGGCAUGUUCAUCUUCUUCGGCAUCACCGGACUCAUCGUCAUCUGGCAGAGCCACUAUGUCUACCCACCCGCGCCUCACACCUUCGACCCAGAGUGGCAGGCCAAGCAGGUGCAGAGGAUGUUGGACAUGAGGGUCAACCCCAUCGAGGGAUUCGCCAGCUACUGGGACUAUGAAAAUAAAAAGUGGAAGUAAACAUCCAAAGCUCCAACAUCAGGGUGCGUUAUGCCUCAGGCAGGGCAGGACAUGACGCAUCGCAGCUUUCCUGUAAAUACCUGCCAAUCUCUCCUGCCCGAGAGUCCUAACUGAUUUAGGUGGUUCCGUCCAUUCACAAUAUUAUGUAAUUCCACACGUAAUGUCAUGAACAUGAACAAAGAAAACAAAGGGGGGGGUGGGGGGGGGGGGUUCCCUUCAUUACCAUUUCACCUGCUGUCCAGUGUCAGUGUGUCUGGAAUUCAGAAUAAGAACAUUUCGACAUGAUUUUUGCUCAUGUAUCCAGUCACAGUGGGCAUCAUAGUAUACCAAUAUUCCUCAACAUUUAACUAAACAUUCAGAAUUGUCUUCACAACAACCCCUCUGUUUUGGCUUUUUAAGUCAAUACUGCAUAAAUAUUUAAGGUACACAUGUACACUAUGCUUUGAAGAGCAGGAAAAUAUGUCUGAAAUAUGGUUUCUCCACACUCAACAACCACAAUGUUCCACCGCAUUGAAUGUACUGUACAAAUGUCCUGUCAAGGCGGCUAAAAUUAAACUUAACAGUGCAAAACA